UCCGCUCGUUUUGGGCAUUGAGUGCGCAUGCGCUGAGAUACAACAUCGCGCAUACGUGAGUAGACGCCAGUUCGUUCCCAUCGAAACAUCAGGCAUGGCUGAAGAAAGAAGCAGCGUAUACACGCCUCCUGUGUUCAGCUUCAUGGACGAAGCAACCAUAACUUCAAGCCAUGACAACACCCAGGGCGCUUCGUCUUCUUUGGGCGCCUACCCAACAAUUCCUGAGACCACUGGUGUUGGCGAAUGGGACACGCAGUACCAUCCAGCUGGUGCGGCAUCGACCGUCUCCGGGCAUACACACAGCACAGAAACCAGAAGCACAAAUUCCACACUUCUGGUUUACAGCAGCAGUGGCGGCCUCUACAAUGCAGUGACCAGCACAAGCUAUGCGCGCAUGGAGAAACCAUCCGGGACUUUUGGAAACGACGCUUGGAAUUCUACAGGAAGCGAAGGAAAGGAAGAACAAGAGCUGUUCGUUGUCUGCGGCAAUGUUUCGAGCGGAGAGGAUGUCUUACAUGGGCACGCCAACGAACACAAGGACGAUACAGCCCACACUUGCAAAACAAGCGAUGUAACGGUUGUCAAGGUUUCGAACUUCGUAAAACACUGCCAGAAUACAACACGCAAACCACACAAAUGCGAAUCCUAUGGCAAACCGUCCGGCCAGGCUGCUAACCUGGCGGCACAUUGCCGCACACAUACAUGCAAGACACCCUACAUUUGCAUUAUAUGUGAUCAGUCGUUCCGGCAGUCUAUUCACCUAGAUAACCAUAUGUGUAUGCAUACAGGCGAGAAACCCUACAUUUGCAAAAUUUGUGAUAAAUCGUUUCGGAAGUCUGUCCACCUACAUAACCAUAUGCGCACGCAUACAGGUGAGAAACCCUACGCUUGCAAUAUAUGUGAUAAAUCGUUCCGGCAGUCUGUCCACCUAGGUAACCAUAUGCGCACGCAUACAGGUGAGAAACCCUACGUUUGCAGUAUAUGUGAUCAAUCGUUCCGGCAGUCUAGUAAUCUAGAUAACCACAUGCGCACGCAUAUAGGCGAAAAACUCUACAGUUGCAAAAUAUGUCGUAAAUCGUUCACGCGGUUGGCGAGUCUCCGUAGACACCAGCAGACUCACACAGACGGAAAACCCCAUGUCUGUCAAACAUGCUGGAAACCAUUCAAACUCUACUGGCACAGUAGUGAUAAAGCGUUCGUUUGCGAUAUAUGUCACCGACAAAGGAAGCCCGGAGAUAAAACGCCGUAUGAGUGUACGCAGGGUGGAUUUCUUUUCCCAGAGAAAGAAACGCUCGAUGAGCAUCUGUGGCAGAGUAAUACGUGCUACUUAUGUGGAGAUUCAUUUGGUGACGAAGUUCAACUGCUUACACACCUCGUGAAGCAUAGGGAUGUGCAGCCGCGAUAUUCUGUCUAGUGCGCGAAUUAGAUAAAUCGCCCGCGGCAUUUGCAUAACAACGUGAUAGUGAAUUAGCGCAAGCUCUUGCGCCAGUUGCUACAUGAUGAACUUGAAAAAGGGUACCAGCGAAACACAAAGGACGCGCACACAAGGAAAAGGCGUUAGACACGGAUGGACGCUGGACUUUUAGCUCUACUUUAUUGAAAUCUACGUUGCCGCACAUAACCUCCGACGCAUGCGCAUCUUUAACUGCCCCAAAGACAUGUGCAAAGAUCACAUUUCGGAGAUACGUUAUCGUGUGAAAGCAGCCGACGCAUGCAAACUUCUACUCCUCCCAAGACCUGUGGAUGAAUGUCAAUUUUUGAUGAAUCAUGUUUUACCUACUCAAUUGGUAAGCCUAUAUAAGCCUCGAUGGGCGCUUACCUAUCGAGUAGGUAAAAUAUGAUUAAUCAAAAGCUGACAUUCAUGCGUAGGUUUUGGGGAGAACCGAAGUUGAGCAUGCGUCAGCUGUUUUCGCACAGUAAUGUAUCUACGAAAUAUUUUCUUUGCACAUGUCUUGGGAGGAGUUGAAGAUGCGCAUGCGUAGGAGGUUAUGUCUGGCGAUGUAGAUUUCAAUAAAGUAGAGUUGAAAGUCCAGCGUCCGUCCGCGUCUAACGCCUUUUCCUUGUGUGCGCGUCCUUUGUGUUUCGCUGUUACCCGUUUUAAAGUGAGUGAAGCCAUCUAGGGAAACAACACUGACAUUUUUCACAGGAGUGAGCAACUAAAUGCAUCGUGCGCAGAGACCGACUUCUUUUGACAUUUAGACGGCUGAGUAAAAUGUUGGUUUAAGAAAUUACGAGACAAGACGUCCUCGCCAGAAGUACUUGUCGAGCUUGAAUGCCAAAGUACACUGCAGAACCUCGCCAGCACUCACUGUAUGUAGGGCUACAUUGUUCGCGAACGAAGCUUUGGCACUCAUCUCAGGACAAUCCCUAAUGGGCUGAUAAGUAUGUGUUUUGCGCAACUAGAAUGUUUAAAUGUCCGCAGAAGUUCUUUGACACCUCGUUUGUUUAGAGAAGUAUUUUGUCCAAGGACUGUUUCUUUGUCAACUGAAAAGUAAUCUCUGCCAUUAUUUGAGGUUCUUCAGCCCUGUUGUUUUCGGCAGACAAUCAUUGUAGGUAUUCUACAAAAGAAAAGGCACAUCUUCGGUAUAGCAAAAUUUAUUUCAUUUAAAUUUUGUUCAAAGCAUUGAAUAUUCUAGUUAUCCCAUUGGUUCUUGUAUUCUCACGAAAUACAUUUCUUCGAGACCAUAAACUAAGUGAUGACAGUUUUGAGACUGUUAAUUUCAAGUUCAAAUGAUUUGGUGCUGAUAUGUUGUCGCUCUAUAAAAUUUUACUUUUGUUUAUUAUGGUAAUACCUGUCAGAUUUAAAGAACAGUUUUCACACCCUAAGAAGUCGCAUGUUUUGACUCAGCUUGCUAUCUACUCAUAGCUGUAAAAUCUUAGUGUGAUGUGACACACAUCCGUGCGAGCUAGGCAUUACAAGUAAGAUACACGUUUUAUGCAUAUUGACGCGGGUACUUCUAUAGCUCUUUACUUUGAACGUCUUCCAACCGUUAGCAAAUGUGAAAUUACUGCU